AUGGCUGCAAGCAAGGCCUUUUUCUCCGGGUGGUCCUCCGCUUGUCGCCUCUGCUGCCGAUCCAUCGUCGACGACGACGUCCGAAUUCCCAAUCACUCGUCCUCUCCUCUCUGUCUGACCGCCGACGGGGCCGGCGCGCGCCGGAUCAGACCAAUAAUUCCGCGCCGCGCCGGCCGCCCAUAUGCGGCUAGGCGCGCGCUCGCUGAAUUGGAGGCUGAGAAGGCACAUAGGGAGAAGGCCGAGGCCCUCCUUACUCAGAACCAGCAGCAGAUGGCGAUGCAGCAGCAGAUGAUGCUGUGGAUGACACGGAAGCUCAGUGCCCACGAUGCCCACUUAUCGGCCUCUAUGCCGAGUGGCACCACUCUUCCUACCGAUCCACCUCCUUUUGACAUCAACACAUGGCUACAUGCCUCGGGUGGAUCCAACAACAUUGAGCUCCAUGGGCCAUCCACUCAGGAUGGGAAUGACAACUUGAUGACGCCGCCUACAGGGGGACAACCUAGCUUCAACAACCUCGGCAUCGUCCGCCGGCUUUGAAACCUCAACACGAAGGAUGAACUCUUAGAUCUUCGGGUGUUGGGCAAUGUGUCAAUGUAGUAUGAAUCUAUGCACUUGUUAUGCACUAUUUGUGUCUAUGGAACAUGUAUUAUGCACU